UAUUCUCCCGCAAGAGGGCGCUGUAGUUUUUAGAGCGUGGCAUUGACGUGUGUGGUUGUGGAGUUGCGUCGUUUUGUCGAAAUAAUUUGCUCGGCGAGGCGAAUUUGCAAAUGGAGGAGGUUUUUCUCUGAACAACGGCAGGGGGAGAAUUCGUUAUGUCUGAGGCUCUUUAUGGAAAGUUCCUAGCCCCCGAGGAGCCCUUUCCACUGCUGUCGCAGCGAGGGAACUUCAGUGAGGCAGGCACUUUGGAUGUCAGUGACUUUGGCUUUCAGUUGUCCUCUUGUCACCGGACAGACCCACUGCGCCGCUUCCAUAGUAACAGAUGGAACCUGACUUCCUGUGGAACGAGUGUGGCCAGCUCAGAAUGCAGCGAGGAGCUGUUCUCCUCCGUCUCCGUGGGAGACCAGGAGGACUGCUACUCCCUCCUGGACGACCAGGAGUUCACCUCCUUCGAUCUGUUCCCAGAGGGCAGUGUCUGCAGCGACGUGUCCUCCUCUAUCAGCACUUACUGGGACUGGUCAGACAGUGAAUUUGAGUGGCAGUUUUUUGCUUAUCCACAGCUGCCUGGAAGCGACAUAGCCAGUGGAAGUGAUGUGCUCUCUGACAUCAUACCCAGUGUUCCCAGCUCCCCAUGCCUUUCCUCCAAGAGAAAGACCAAACCACAUAGAAAUAUGGAUGAGCUCCCCUGGAGUGCUAUGACCAAUGAUGAACAGGUGGAAUAUAUUGAGUAUUUGAGCAGAAAGGUCAGCACGGAGAUGGGGCUACGAGAGCAGUUGGAUAUCAUCAAGAUCAUUGACCCGUGUGCACAGAUAUCCCCCACAGACAGCGAGUUUAUCAUCGAGCUCAACUGUCUGACUGAUGAGAAACUGAAACAGGUGAGAAACUACAUCCGGGAGCACAGUCCACGACUGCGCCCCUGCAGCACCCGGGACAGCUGGAAGAGGAGUGGCCAUAGCAGUGCUAGCAACAGCGGGGUGAGUGGAGCCAGCAGCAGCAACGCUAGCAUGGUCAGCAGUGCCAGCAGCUCCACCGGAUCCACAGGCUCCACAGGCAACUCUGCCUCCAACUGCAGUGCGGCUAACAUCAGCCGUGCCCACAGUGACGGGAACCUGUCCAGUGCUGCUGAGCGGAUCCGGGACUCCAAGAAACGUUCUAAGCAGAGAAAGCUGCAGCAGAAAGCCCUGCGUAAGAGACAGCUGAAGGAGCAGAGACAGGCCCGCAAGGAGCGGCUGAGUGGCCUCUUCCUCAACGAAGAGGUGCUGUCACUCAAAGUCACAGAGGAGGAGGACCGUGGAGAAGAUGUGGUCGACGUCUUGAUGUGACAAGAGUGAAUGAGUCAGUGUUCCUUCUUAAUCUUAAGCCUCACAAUAACAUCUUCCACAAACGUCGCAGGUGGUCCCACAUCCUAGAGCCUAGUUUACGUCGAAGCGACGCUGCACUAUUGGAAUCAGUCUGGAGUUAUUUUAUGUCCUUAGAACUGCACAGAAUUCUAAUAACUGAAGAUGUAUAAACAUUGGAGUAUUUUUUUGAAAAUGAGUUCAAGUAAAAACUACCAAGACUAACUUCAUUCUGGUGAUUAACUUAAUCUUGAAGGCAUAGAGGGAACACUGAAUCAAUGCAUGGGAAGUCAUCACCGUUGGCAUUGAGUUGUAAAUGCUUAACAUUAUUUUCAAUGGCUUAUUGUGGUUUUUGUAUAUAAAUGCAGUUAAAUCAUAAAUAACUGUUUUUACAUUGUUUCCCCUUAAGUUAAGGCCUACAUGUUCAUAAACACAACAGGGUUAAGUGGUGAUACAGACUUGGGCUCUAACAAAUACAUAGAAAUGAAGCAUUUAAUCCUACAUUGUCAAAGGUGAUUUAAUAAGUCACAUGAAUCGGUUUUGUUUUCCUUGUGUAUUUUGUGCAUGGGGGGGGGUAGACUUAAAUUAAAUGUAAAAUAAUGCAGCUAUCCAGUGCAAAUUAGAGAGAUUCCCAUUUUGAAUGCUAUUGAACUGUAGUAUGACUGCAUGUUCUUUAGAUGGGAAGGUAUUUCUUGACAUCUUUGCUUACUCUCUUUGGAUAUUGUGGUGGACCCCACCCUGUGGAGCGACAGUAUUUACUCUUUCAACAUGAACACAACACUAACUACUGUACAUUAGAAAAUGUAUUUACCUAAAGAAGCUUUAUCACCUGUAUAUGUCGCUUUGACUUUUUCCUGUAUAAAGUUACCCCUUUUGAGUAAUUAUAAAAACAAUAUAUUAGAUCAACUAGAUGUUGUGAGUAGAUCUUUAUUUUGAAUAAAUAAAUGAAUAGCCAUGAAAUACCAUUCAUUCGGUGGGAGAAAAAGGUUGCUGCACCAAGUUAGGGAGUAUUCAUUGCUUGCUUUCUUGGGUGUCCAAUUUCAAGUUGCUGUAUAUGCCACUGCAAUGUAUUUUUGACGUGAGCAAGAUAUUGGGAAAUGUAGUUGCAGAACAGAAGCAUACCAGAAUGCAGUUGUUUCUGUGUGAUCUACUCAAUAAUGUAAUGCAAAAUGAGAAAUAAAUUGUCAUCGCAUCAAAUUUUC